UUGGCUCGGCGACACGCCGAGGCUCCUCCCCGAGUCUGGAGCCUUAUAUUUUGGGGAGAAUUUCUUUGAACUCAGUUAGAGAGCUCGGGGAAGGAGGCGAGUUCCCACCGCCGGCUCGGCUGGGCGAGGGCUCGCCCACCUUCCCGGCAGCCGCCCCGCGCCCUCGGCGGCCCCGCCGGAGGAGACCGCGCCGCUCCGGCAGCAGGGGGAUGCCAGCGGUCUGGAUGUGACCGCGAAGGCAGGACGCGCGGCUGCAGGCGGCAGAGACAUGAAGGAACCCAUUAUCUGAGAGCCACCCGCCGCCCCGGCCCUCCCUGCCCGUUGGCGCUGUCACUUCGGGGGUCCGUUUGCUUUUAUUCUUCCCCCCCUCCUUCCCGCCCCCCCUCCAGAGACCUUGACUUGAGGACCGACCCCCGCCACCGGCGGGGACGCCUUCGGGGUCGGCAGGCCCUGUGGAUGCAGCCUGGCGGGAGCGUUUGGACCCUGUCCUCCGGAGGAGCCACCAUGAAUUCGGUGGCUGGGAAUAAAGAGAGGCUUGCGGUCUCCAGCCGGGGCAAGAGAUACGGGGUCGGCGAAGCGUGCUCGCCCACCAAGCCCGCCGCGCCCUUCUCUCCCGAGAGCUGGUACCGCAAGGCGUACGAGGAGUCGCGCGCGGGGAACCGGCCCACUCCCGAGGGCGCGGGCUCCGCGCUCGGCUCGUCCGGGACCCCGUCCCCGGGCUCGGGCACCUCGUCCCCGAGCUCCUUCACCGGCUCCCCGGGCCCCGCGUCCCCGGGCAUCGGUACCAGCUCGCCGGGCUCCCUGGGCGGCUCGCCGGGCUUCGGCACCGGCUCCCCCGGCUCGGGCAGCGGCGGCGGCUCCUCCCCCGGCUCGGACCGCGGCGUCUGGUGCGAGAACUGCAACGCCCGCUUGGUGGAGCUCAAGAGGCAGGCUCUCAAGUUGCUGCUGCCGGGACCCCUCCCGGGCAAGGACCCCGCUUUCUCUUCCGUGAUUCACGACAAACUCCAGGUCCCUAACACCAUCAGGAAGUCCUGGAAUGACCGAGACAACCGCUGCGACAUUUGUGCCACCCACCUGAACCAGCUCAAGCAGGAAGCCAUCCAGAUGGUGCUGACCUUGGAGCAGGCGGCUGGCAGCGAGCACUAUGACGCCUCUCCGGGCUCACCGCCCCCAGUCUCCAGCAUCCCCGCACUGGUGGGGUCCCGGCACGUGGGUGGGCUCCAGCAGCCCCGGGAGUGGGCCUUUGUGCCUGCUCCCUAUGCCACCUCCACCUACACGGGCCUUGUCAACAAACACAGCGGCAAACCCAACAGCCUCGGGGUCAGCAACGGUGCAGAAAAGAAGAGUGGGUCCCCAACCCACCAGGCCAAGGUCAGCCUCCAGAUGGCCACCAGUCCGAGCAAUGGCAACACCCUCAACUCAGUGGCCAUUCAGGCUCACCAAUAUCUGGAUGGCACUUGGUCCCUUUCGAGAACUAAUGGGGUUACCCUGUACCCCUAUCAGAUCUCCCAGCUGAUGACAGAGACUGGCCGGGAGGGACUGACGGAGUCAGCGCUGAACCGCUACAAUGCCGACAAGCCUGCAGCCAGCAGUGUCCCGGCCCCACAGGGCUCCUGUGUGGCCACUGAGGCCUCCACAGGUACCUCCGUGGCUGCUUCCUUCUUCGCACGAGCUGCCCAGAAGUUAAAUCUGUCAUCUAAGAAGAAGAAACACCGGCCUUCCACCCCCUCUGUUGCAGAGGCUCCGCUCUUUGCUACCAGCUUCAGCGGGAUCCUGCAGACCUCGCCGCCCCCGGCCCCACCCUGUCUCCUGAGGGCUGUCAAUAAGGUGAAGGACACUCCUGGCAUGGGCAAGGUGAAAGUCAUGCUGCGUAUCUGUUCCACGUCAGCUCGAGACACCUCAGAAUCCAGCUCUUUCCUGAAGGUGGAUCCCCGGAAGAAGCAGAUCACCCUCUACGACCCCCUGACUUGCGGAGGUCAAAACACCUUCCAGAAAAGAAGCAGCCAGGUUCCCCCGAAGAUGUUCGCCUUUGAUGCGGUUUUCCCUCAGGAUGCCUCUCAGGCUGAAGUGUGUGCUGGAACUGUGGCCGAGGUGAUCCAGUCUGUGGUGAACGGGGCAGAUGGCUGUGUGUUCUGUUUCGGCCAUGCCAAGCUGGGGAAAUCCUACACCAUGGUCGGAAAGGAUGACUCUAUGCAGAACCUGGGCAUUAUCCCGUGUGCCAUUUCUUGGCUGUUCAAGCUCAUCAAUGAGCGCAAGGAGAAGACCGGGGCCCGCUUCUCCGUCCGGAUCUCGGCUGUUGAGGUGUGGGGGAAGGAGGAGAACCUUCGAGACCUGCUGUCUGAGGUGGCCACGGGCAGCCUACAGGAUGGACAGUCCCCAGGCGUGUACCUCUGUGAGGACCCCAUCUGUGGCACACAGCUGCAGAACCAGAGCGAGCUGCGGGCCCCCACCGCGGAGAAAGCUGCCUUCUUCCUGGAUGCUGCCAUCGCCUCGAGGCGAAGCAACCAACAGGACUGCGAUGAGGACGAUCACCGGAACUCUCACAUGCUCUUCACCCUGCACAUCUACCAGUACCGGAUGGAGAAGAGCGGGAAGGGAGGAAUGUCUGGGGGUCGCAGCCGCCUACAUCUCAUCGAUCUUGGCAGUUGUGUGAAAGCUCUCAGCAAAAACCGAGAAGGAGGCUCGGGGCUGUGCCUCUCACUGUCCGCUCUGGGCAACGUCAUCCUGGCCCUGGUCAACGGGAGCAAGCACAUCCCAUACAAGGAGAGCAAGCUCACCAUGCUCCUGAGAGAGUCUCUGGGGAAUGUGAACUGUCGCACCACCAUGAUCGCGCACAUCUCGGCCGCAGCUGGCAGCUACGCGGAGACCCUGUCCACCAUCCAGAUCGCAUCAAGAGUCUUGAGGAUGAAGAAGAAGAAGACUAAGUAUACGUCAAGCUCCUCGGGGGGAGAAAGCUCCUGUGAGGAGGGCAGGAUGCGCAGGCCCACCCAGCUGAGACCCUUCCACGCCCGGGCUCCAGUGCAUCCCGACUUCCCCCUCGCCCCGCUGUCCAGCGAUCCCGACUACUCCUCCAGCAGCGAGCAGUCCUGUGACACUGUCAUCUACAUCGGGCCCAACGGCACGGCCUUGUCUGACAAGGAACUCACUGACAACGAGGGCCCCCCAGACUUUGUGCCCAUCGUGCCGGCCCUGCAGAAGACCAGGGGUGACAGCCGGCCAACGGAGGCAGCAGAGGCCGCGGCCGGCAAGCCAGAAAGGGACUGCCUGAAGUGCAACACGUUUGCCGAGCUGCAGGAGCGGCUGGACUGCAUAGACGGCAGCGAGGAGCCCAACAAGUUUCCCUUCGAGGAGCUGCCCGUCCAGUUUGGGGCGGAGCAGGCUGGUCGACGUCCCUCCUCAAGCCAAGCGGCAGGGCCGGAGGCAUUCUCUGAGUCGGACAGAGAAGACAAUGGGUCGGACAGUGGCCAGUUGAUCGAGAGGGAAGGCGCAGAGCUUCCGGCCUCCAAGGUGCCUCGGAAUCGGUCCCCUGCGCCCCCGGCGAUGCGCAGCAGCAGCCCUAGCCCGGCGUCGCCACGGAGCAUCCCUGGCAGCAGCAGCCAGCACAGUCCCUCCCAGCUCACGCAGAGCCCCAGCCUGCAGAGCAGCCGCGAGAGCCUGAACUCCUGCGGCUUCGUGGAGGGGAAGCCCAGACCCAUGGGCUCCCCGAGGCUAGGCAUUGCCAGCCUGUCCAAGACCUCAGAGUACAAACCCCCCAGCUCUCCCUCCCAGAGGUGCAAAGUUUACACCCAGAAGGGGGUCCUGCCCUCCUCAGCCCCACCACCUUCCAUCAGCAAGGACUCUGGCAUGAUCUCCAGCGAGUCCCUGCUUCAGCCUGAUGUGCGUACUCCCCCGGUCGGAAUGAGUCCCCAGGUUUUGAAGAAAUCCAUGUCUGCUGGGACGGAAGGGUUCCCCGGAAUCCCAGCAGAAGGGGAGCACCAGGAAGGCUCUCCUGCAGACGCCAAGAAGGAGAUUCUGAGCACCACCAUGGUGACCGUGCAGCAGCCGCUAGAGCUGAACGGGGAGGACGAGCUGGUGUUCACCCUGGUGGAGGAGCUGACCAUCAGCGGGGUGCUGGACAGCGGCCGCCCCACCAGCAUCAUCAGCUUCAACAGCGACUGCUCCGUGCAGGCCCUGGCCUCCGGCUCGCGGCCCGUCAGCAUCAUAAGCAGCAUCAGUGAGGACGCGGAGUGCUACUCCAGCGUGGCGCCCGUCUCCGAGGUGAGCAUCACACAGUUCCUGCCCCUCCCUAAGCUGGGCCUGGACGAAAAGGCCCGGGAGGCGGGCAGCCGGCGUUCCUCCAUUAGCUCCUGGCUGAGCGAGAUGAGCGCGGGCAGUGACGGCGAGCAGUCGUGCCACAGUUUCAUAGCGCAGACGUGCUUCGGGCACGGGGAGGCCAUGGCGGAACCCCCAGCCUCGGAGUUCGUCAGCAGCGUCCAGAACACGGCUGUGGUAUGCAGAGAGAAGCCUGAGGCGGGCCCCGACAACCUGCUCAUCUUAUCUGACAUGGGGGAAGAGUCUGUCCACAAAGCCACUCCCAUCAAAGGCUGCAAAAUCUCCACCCUGGGCAAGGCCAUGGUCACCAUCUCCAACACCGCCAGCCUGGGCAGCUGUGAAGGCUACAUCCCUAUGAAGACCAACAUCACUGUUUACCCCUGCAUUGCCAUGAGCCCCCGAAAUGUGCAGGAGCCCGAGUCCUCCACGGCCACCCCAAAGGCAGCUCCCAAAACAUCCCAGCCCCAAGAAAUCAAGGAAGCCAAUGCAAGGAGAGAGAUGAAGUUUGAGGACCCCUGGCUCAAACGAGAAGAGGAGGUGAAAAGGGAGAAUGCGUACUCCAGCGAGGAAGGGGUUAAGUGUGAGGCUGGCACAAGCCUCCUGACCCACGAAGGGAAGUCAGAGCAGGAGCAGGAUGGCAGGCCCAGCUCAGGCAACCGGCUAAGCAGCGCAGAGGCCGCCGCCUUUCAGGCGCCCGACAGCAUUCGGAGGGUGGUGGAUGGCUGUGAAAUGGCCCUGCCUGCCUCGGCCUCCCAAAGCCCGCUGCAUCCCAACAGGAAUCUAAAGUCAAGCAGCCUCCCAAGGGCGUUUCAGAAAGCCGACAGGCAUGAGGAGCUCGACAGCUUCUACCACUGCCUGGCGGACAGCAAUGGCUUCAGCGGGCCUCCGGGCACCCAGUCCUCCAAGACAACCCUGGAGAGGAAAGUGGCUUCACCCAAGCAUGGUGUUCUGGCUCGGCCCAAAGGGACACCGCCUCUGCCUCCUGUCCGCAAGUCUAGCUUGGACCAGAAGAACAGGGCCAGCCCUCAGCACAGUGGCAGUGGCGGCGGCACCAGCAGUCCCCUGAGCCAGCCCGUUACCUUCUCGGCUUGCUUCCCCGAUGAGGCCAGCAGCAAGACGAAGGAUGCCAGCAGCAGCAGCAAGCUCUUCAGCGCCAAGCUGGAGCAGCUGGCCAGCAGAACCAACUCUCUUGGCAGGACAACAGUCAGCCACUAUGAAUGCUUGUCGCUGGAGAGGGCCGAAAGCCUGUCGUCUGUGAGCUCCCGCAUGCAUGCCGGCAAAGAUAGUACCAUGCCCAGGGCUGGCAGGAGCCUGGGGCGCAGCACAGGGGCCUCGCCCCCCAGCUGUGUCCUCGCCCAGGCCGCAGGGGCCUCUCCCAAGGCCAGCCAGUCGAAGAUCUCGGCGGUGAGCAAGCUCCUGCUGGCCAGCCCCAAGUCCCGCAGCCUGUCCACCUCGACCACCAAAACCCUCAGCUUCUCCACCAAGUCCCUGCCGCAGUCCGUGGGCCAGAGCUCCAACCUGCCGCCCAGCGGGAAGCACCUGUCCUGGUCCACCCAGUCGCUCAGCAGGAACCGGGGCUCUGGGCUGGCUUCCAAGCUGCCCCUGCGAGCCGUCAACGGGCGCAUUUCGGAGCUGCUGCAGGGCAGCGCGGGCCCGAGGGGCGCGCAGCCGAGGCCGGAGGCGGAGGAGCGCGGUGGGGCUCCCGCGGAGGACAAGGCCGCGGCCGUCCACCUGCUGCCCUCGCCCUACAGCAAGAUCACCCCCCCUCGGAAGCCGCACCGCUGCAGCAGCGGCCACGGCAGCGACAACAGCAGCGUCCUGAGCGGGGAGCUGCCGCCCGCCAUGGGCAAGACCGCCCUGUUCUACCACAGCGGUGGCAGCAGUGGCUAUGAGAGCAUGAUGAGGGACAGCGAGGCCACCGGCAGCGCGUCCUCCGCCCAGGACUCCAUGAGUGAGAACAGCAGCUCCGUGGGAGGCAGGUGCAGGGGCCUCAAGGCCCAGAAGAAGCGCUCUAACUCAGGUUCCCAGAGACGGAGGCUCAUUCCAGCAUUGUCCCUUGACACCCCGUCACCUGUGAGAAAAACUGCCAGUAGCACAGGGGUCCGCUGGGUGGACGGCCCCCUGAGGAGCACCCAGAGGGGCCUUGGGGAACCAUUUGAGAUUAAAGUCUAUGAAAUUGAUGACGUGGAGCGCCUGCAGCGGCGACGAGGGGGCACCAACAAGGAGGUCAUGUGCUUCAACGCCAAGCUGAAGAUCCUAGAGCAUCGGCAACAGAGAAUCGCUGAGGUCCGAGCCAAGUACGAGUGGCUGAUGAAGGAGCUGGAGGCGACCAAGCAGUACCUGAUGCUGGACCCCAACAAAUGGCUUCGCGAAUUUGACUUGGAGCAGGUCCUGCAGCUGGAUUCCCUGGAGUACCUGGAGGCGCUGGAGGGCGUGACAGAGCGCCUGGAGAGCCGUGUCAACUUCUGCAAGGCCCAUCUCAUGAUGAUCACCUGCUUUGACGUCACCUCCAGGCGCCGAUAAGGACCGGUGGGCUCCGAGCCAUCAGUCCCUCGCUCCCCAGGACUUCAGCAGGACACCGCCCUCCCAGGCCCUCUGUGCUGGCAACGCUCAAGACACUAGGAUGAGGAUGAAGGUUGGUGGCAAGUCUGGAGUGAGCGUGGAGCGAAAGGCGAUGUUUCCUUUGUUUUCUGUAGGGAAGAAAGGUACAGACCCCAACGUGUGGAAGGAGGAGAUGAUGGGAAGCCCCGUAGGACUGAGAAAGCACUUUGAGGAACCUUGAAGAACUGUACAUAAGGACUGCUAGCAAAGAGACUCUUACCUUGUGGUUGUGAGGAAGGGGAGGGUGACGUGGGGUUGCCAUUGAAAGUGAAACACCAACAAGAUGACCCAGAAUGGUGGAUUAAGUGCCUUGCAAAUCUUUAUGAUUACCCAAACAUUUGUUUUCGUACUUUCUUGUGUCCAGAUGGUGCUAGUCAAGAAGAAAUCAACAAAACAGAAAACUCAACCCAGUUUUUUGAAAUGUAUUUACGGCUUGUUUUCUCUUGUUUCUGAUUUGCUGUUUGUUUCUAAGAAGUUAUGUCUGUAGUGAUGUCUCCAAAUUGGUAUUGCAACUGAAUAAAUGUUAACGGUCUUUCAUGGCUCUUCUGGUAAGGCCACUCAGAACGUGGAAACUGCAUUGGUAUGAGCCAGCGUGUCCCCCCAGAGAGGUUUGGAAGGGCAGGUGAUGGAAGAUGCCACCUUCCAUAAGCCGUACGUCAGCUGGGAGACCUAGGGUGGAGCACGGAAUGGGUGCACAUGAGUUUUAGCGGCAAAGAGAGGUGUCUUUAAGGGGAAGGAGGUUCUGUGUGACCUGGGCCCUUGUUCUUGUUUGUGUCAUGCAUUCAUGGCUCUCAAAACAAGCUCAUAUUUCUUUCUAGUCCAAAGACUCUGGAUGGGAAGUUUGAACAACUGCAGCCUAGUGCUGUUUUGUUUUGUUUGUUUGUUUUGUUUUCAUGUUUAGUGGUGUUACUGAUGCAGAUCGAGGCUGUCUGUGUUGAUAUUCCCUUGAGUUCACAUAGGUAUCCAUUUAGAAAAAGGAGUCUUGGGGUUGCCUAGCUUCCUGCCAAACAGGAGCCUGUCCAAUAGCAAGGGACCAGCUCUCCCCUGUCCUAAAGCCUCUGUGCUUGUCCCUGUCACCUUGGUAUCCUGAGGCAGGAGAGAGGAACCUCACCCCUAAGUUCCAGAACCCUGGAUACACAUGGCAGAGUUGAACGAAGGAGACCUGGAUCCUUUUAAACCCCCACACCUACCCCAUCCCUGUGCACGCCAAAAAACAAAAACUGAGGACUUCAUUCUCAAACUACUCCCCUCCCUUGAACCCUUGGACCAUAUUAGCUAUAUAGGGGGGAGGCAUGGAAUGGCCAGGCCCUGUCUACAGGCUGCUGGAACAGCUGAGCAUCCCACAGGACCAAGAAUUCUCCUCUGUCUCAGAGCCUCUGCAGCUUGCCUGUGCACACCUGUGCGAAGGGGGGUUGGAAAGAGGACUCAGCCUCCUCACCCUCCCCAUAGCACAUCUGGGCCAGCCCCAUUCACAAACUCCUUGACCCAAUAUGUUCCCCAAGGAGAAAAAAAUUUGUGUUUCUGGAUGAGCCCUCUCGCUGGACACAGGUCUUUCCCAGCACAGCAUGGUACGUGGUCAGCAGAACUCAGCAUACAGGGGCUGAAGUCAUGUGGGUGCCAUGGCACCUGAUCCUUUAUUUAGAAUUGGGCAUUGAUGAGACCACCAGCUUGACUGUGGUAGAGGUCAGCCCUGUGGGGCAAAGGCUAGCCCCAUGGGUCACAAGUCCUGCUCUGCACAUUCCUAAGCACUGACUCUUACGAAAAGGGUUCCCGAGCUGCUGGCUGAGUGGCCUAAGCUCUGGAAUAGCCCGUUUCCCCCUCUGUCCAUCCUAGAGCUUUAACAAGCAUGUCUCCUGGGGAAGCGGGCCCUUCCCAGAUCUUCUGCAGCUCCUCCGAGGUGCAUUCUGCAGGAGUUCUGGGCCCAGGGCCCACCUCAGCCUCACGACACAUGUGUGCAUGGGCCUGCUUAACAGCAAUGUUCUCGGAAGCUUCUGGGCCCAUAGGGAUGCCAACAUUUUGAACAUCUGUUUUGGUUGCUGGUUUAAAGUAUACUUAUAUGCUUUGUGUUUUCACAAAAGGCCUUGAUUUGGAAAAAAGAAAUCUUUUUUUUAAGUGAGCAUGCCUGGGUUUCUUUUCCCUGCUCAAGAGCGAAUUCAUUUGAUUAGUAAUCCAUGAGCCUGGCAUUGGUCCCUUAGCCCUGAGGUCAUCGGGCCCCAGUGAAUACUUUAGCAGGCCACCAACAGAGCCUAGUGCCUUUGCUGGAGACCAUGCUGACACAGCUGCAGAGAGCAGACCCUCAGUCAAGCAGGUUCUUCUGGGAGAGUGGCCUCAGUUGCCCACCCCACACUCAGAUCUGUUUGCAUACAUUCCAAACAACUAUGCUCCAGCGCCAAUGGCUUGGCCUUGUUACCAAGGUCACAUCACCAAGCCAGGGUAGCUCUUAGGAGGCCACAGCCACAUGGCAGGGCAUCCCACAGGACCCGACAGUCUGCGGGAGACAUGCGUGUGAGAUAGCUCGCAUCUUUUGUCCAUUUUAACAUCCUGCCCCCUCCAAAGUAAGCUGUAAACACUUUAGUGUCCUGUAUUGCAUUAUGUGAGCUGCUGAGCCUUGUGGAGGACUCCUGCAUCCCAGGAUGCACCUGUUCCCUGCCCUGCCUGUGAACUACCUGUGGGAGCACAACUCUUUAGGCACAAACAGGUAGUCCUAGCAUCUGAAGACAGUGCCGGUGUGAGGUGGCUCCAGGUUUGGCGUGGAGACAAACAAACAGAAACCACAACAACAACAAACCCGCAAGGGAGCAAAGGGAAUGCCCAAGAACUCACUUCUAAUUCAUUAUCCAGCCAUAGAAGGACCAAAAGCAUCUCUUUGAAAUUAAUAUUUACGUUUAUUUGCCUUACUUAAAUUCUGUUCAUUCCCCUACAACUCUAGCCCUGCUUCAAAGAAUUUAGUGUGAGGCAGAAGCAUUUCAGCAGACUAAAACUAAGAUUUGAGACAAAGGCAUCCUUUUCCCAGAAGAAAACCCUUAGUUCAUCUCACCCGGAGGUGGGGGACAGGUGUGGCUACUCCCAGGGAGCCUGAGUUUGCUCUGUCUUGACAUUUCAAUACCCACCUAAGAGUUGGAAGCUUUGAUCCUCUCCCUGAGCCCUUCUGGACACCUUAGGAAGCUGUCUCCCACUUAAAUCUCAGCAGCAUUGAAACCAGCACACCCCUCCUGUGGUUUCAUCUCCAGCUGCCAUUCUGAACAUGGGAGACAGAAGAUGAAAUUGCAGAGAUGGGUCCCCUAGUGACACAGCAGUGAUCCCCAAGCAGGCAAAGAGCUCCUGAGCUAGAGACUGGGGUAAGGAACACGAUCCAGUCCCAGAAAAAGGUCAAAGCGUGGGCCGCAGAAAUGCCCAUCAGGCAGGAACCUGGUCCCAUUUGUCAUGAAGCAGCCAUAGGCUUGGGGUCUAAUAUCCAGGAAGGACCGCUUAUUCUUCAAAAGGACCAGGUUGUACUUGCUGUAAGGCCUUCCGUUCAAGCUUUGAGCCAUGUGGGUGUGGCUCUCGCAUCCUGGGGGAACAGCUGCCUUCUCCAGCCUUCAGAGUCUCACGCUCCUCAUUAAUUUGGGUUCCUACAUAAGCCUUCCUCACCAGCUUUCAAACCUGCUGUCUGCCCCUGACUUCCCAUUAGAGAAGGUGCAGUUGGCAAGAGCCCACGAUUUGCUCAGUGCAAACAAGGCCUUUGCUAAUGUGCUGAUCUGAGCUUGAAGUGAAUGUUUUUUGGGUUUCCUUACUCCACCAAGAUUUCUAGUCUGUGAAAGAAAUUACUAAAAAUGAGUUCCUUCCAAAAUUGAAAACAGAUUUCCUGAAUGUUGUUCUUUCCUUGGGACAUAUGCAAAAACAUUUCCUCCCUUUUAGGGUAGUUUAUCUUUCAAACCCAAAGGCAGGGCCCAUUAGAAACAGGUUGAAGACCCCGCAUUCUGGGAGCUGACUCAGCCAUCCACCAUCACUGUCCCGGAGUCUCCCUGCCACAGCCCAGCAGCAUGGCCCAGUUUCCACUCUGCAAGGGGUGUGCUCAGUGCUAACACAUGUGGAAGAGGUCCACACAGCCCGCUCUUCGCUCUUCUCCGAGCCAAGUCAAACAGCUGAGGGCAAGUUUCACAGGCAUGGUCGGUGAAUGGUUCUAAUUUUUUUUUCAAGUGAUAGAAACACUGUGUUCUUUGACAUAUAGAGCGCUGCUCCCCUGGACAUUAUCUGUAACCGAGUUUUGGCAUUGCAAAGGUGUUUGUAACAGUGCAUAAGUUGUAUCCUGUAGCCAUCUUCCUGGGUGUCAUCCAGAAUACAUUUAUAAAUGACAAACUGCAUUAUAUCCAUCAGAGUGAAAACAGGAAUCUAACCCAGGAAAUUCUCUUAAAUCCAAUAGGGUCUCUCCAAAAAUAAAAAAGGGGGGGAGGGGUUUGAAAAUUCCUAAGAGUUCAUUUAUCUGUCCCUAAACAAACGCAUUCUACUUCGGGGUGGCCCUAUGCAGUGCCUGGGGCGAUGUCACAAUAUUGGACACACAAUAUUGGACUCAGCAGUUCCUGGAGUCACGCAUGUAAAAGUGAGUGUUCCAGUCCCAGGGUCAUGCAUCUGUUCUGCACACUUAGAAUGACCUUCCCCAAAGGAGUCUCCCCUCUCCAGCCCCCACACUGCCAGCCUCCUACACCGCCAGGCUUGAUUUACGGAGACGUCGUCACUGAUUUGUAACUUCAGAAUGUUGUCCCGUAGCAUCACCUGUGUUUGUGGAUCCGGUUCUGCAUCGGGGACAGGAACACGCUCCACGUGGUCUUAGUUGAAGUGUGUGCUUGCUCCGUCUGUGUUGGUCUUUUUCCUCUGUUUUCUCCUUACUCCAGCAAAGUCUAUUAGCAGAGACAUGGGCCAGGGAAGGGAGGUGGGAUAUGAGAUAUGGGCAGGGGCGGGGUCCAAUCCUCACAGUGCAGAGUGAUGCUCUGCCUCUCAUCUAUCCCUCUAGUAGGCAGCCAAAAGGACUGAGACAGAGUUCUUCCCCUCAAGUUGUCAUGGGGAUGAACUUGGAAAUCAGGGUCUGUGGGCCUCAGUUCCAGAGGACCCAGCCUCCUCCAGCUGGGUUUCCACACAGCCCCCGAGGAAAGUGCCGACAGUAUUAAGUUCUACUCAUCCCCAAGGCCCCCAGGAGGUCCUCUCUGUGGAUAGUUGUUGUAGUUACCUGUUCUGAAGAAACCAAAGCACUUUAGUGAGUCUUACAGCCCUGAAUACUUACAGCAUGUGUCUGCCUGAGAGGCAGAGAAGGGCUUGGGCCAGCAGCUAGAGCAGCUAGGAGGAAAAGCCUGGAGGUAGAAGGCAGGGGCUACAGUUGCCGCCAUCGCUAGCCACCAACCUUGGGCGGGUCGAUACGUUUGGCUGGGCCCCCUGCAGAUGGUUGGGGGGAGGUCACAGAAGCUGCCCCCCCCCCCGGAUAGGACAAAAAGAAGGGAAAGGUGUAACUGGCGGGACAUAUGUUGAAGAAAUUAGUUCUCUCCGGAGUAGGGGAGAAUCGCAGAUAGAUGAAGAAAUUGACACCGGUAGUCACUGACUGUCCAGGUUCACGUGUCUCACUGCAGAGCCGGGACACGAGCCCAGCCACCCGGACUGUCCGUUAGACCACCUUGUACCCAGAGCAUGCACGUGGACACACGCUGCUCCUCUGUGCCAGUGUGUGUACAUGUGUGGGUGUGCCUGUACAGGGCUGCGCAGCACCGGGGAAGAACAUAGGACGGAAACCCCGAGUCCUAAUUCUGUUUUCAACAUAGACCUGUCUGUGGCCUGGGACACACAACCAACUCUUCCGGAACUCGGAUAUCCUAAGCUGUAAAAUGAGGACAUUGUGGUACAUGGUCUUUGUGGUUCUUCCAGCCUUGGCUAUGAGUCCACAGUGAGUGAUGUAUGUAUGUAUAUAUCCAGACGCUUAUCUGUAGAAACGGGCCCAUCGGGAAAUGGGAGACAGGACCUGCCCAAGCGCAUCGAUUGUGUCAGAAUUGGCAACUUCACAAGUGCAUACGUCUUUGUUUUGAGAGUCCGUGGUGGCAUUUACUGUCAUUGUUUCAAAUUCACUGUCUGCCUGGCUAGAGGACUGGUGCUGUUUUAAAAACUAAGUUCGUAACUCACAAGUGUUUGCCUUUUUUUUUUUAAACACAAGUCACUUGUUCAAUAGUCAAACUUUGAACUCUUCUGCCGUGGGCAGGUCCCCAACAGCCUGUGUCGCAGGCUGGGUUUUGUGUAUGGGCUUUUACAUAACUAUAUAAAAGUUAGCUGUUGGCUUGAUCAUGGUAAAUAUGAACAGAUUGCCUGGAGAGCAGUCCAGAAAAGAAUUGAAUUCUAUAGUUCUCAUCAACUGGUGACAUGAAACCAUUAAGCUGUGUGCGAUUUCCUGGUGUGAAGAUGUUGUUCGCUGGCUACAGUCUCUGACUUUGUGGCAUAUGAGGUAUAAAAUGUUGUAAAGAAAAAAAAAUCUGGUGUUUAAAAGAAUCAAACUAUGGUGGCAUUAAAUGUUCACUUUUAUUCUA